UGUUGAUGAUAAGGCGCAGGUAUAAAUUCGAGGCAAACCUAAUAAUUCAAAACGUAAUACUGCUUCUUCUACCGUAAAUUAUCUUUUGGAACAAUAUUAAUCUCGUUUCAUUUUGAAAUAAAAGGCGUCCAAAUGAUACUUUCGGUCCUUACGAUACUAUUUUUAUUUACAGUAGUUUGUUGCGAGGAAAUGACUUUAAAUGAAAUUGGUGAAUUUAUCACUAACGGAAUGGAUAAAAAGGUAGAUCCAUGUAACAAUUUUUAUAAUCAUGUUUGUGGUAAUUGGGAAAAUUAUUGGACCAAUAAAUUAGUUUGGAAUGUGAUGGAAAUGAGUAAACAAUAUCUAAUUCAAAAAAUGAAAGAUGUUCUAGAAAGCAGUGAUAUUAAUGAGGAUAAUGUAAAACUAAUUAUGGAAAAGAAAUAUUAUGAGGCUUGCAUGGAUACAAAUUAUUCUCUUGUUGAAGGAAGUAAUUUCUAUGUGAAUUUAGUAACAAAGAGUGACAGAUUUAAUUUAAAUUGGAAAAGACUGGUUGAAUAUUAUGCAGAAAAAAUUGGUGAAACUUUUCUUUUUCAUAUUAUGCUAGACGAAAGUAAGGAAUUCAGUAUUGUUAGACCCUAUAUGUCUAAAACAAACCAUGUACCAUAUGAAAUGUUGGACUUUCAAGAUAUAGAUUUAUUCUUUAAAAUUCGUUUUGGCAUUCAGCACGGGUCGAAUAAUAAAUUCAGAGAACCAUUAUUACGAUUUAUACAGGAUAUUAAUGAGAUCGUUAAUGAAGGAGAAUCAUCUGAACGUUAUUUAAUCUCUGGAGAUGUUUUGAAAGUACAAAAAAUAUACGAAUCUCGUUGCUCAUCAUUAAGUCCUAAAUCAGAGAUAAAUUGGCUUAAAUUUCUUCAAAUACUUGCUGGUCGUAAUGGAAAGUUUGUAAGACCAUCAUUUAAAAUAAAAAUUGAUGAGGAUUAUUUAAGUCAAUUAUGUGAAAUCAUAAGUAGAACAUCAGACGAGAUAAUUUAUAUAUAUUUGCAUUACAAUUUUGAAUUUGAUGACAAGGUAUUGUUUUAUACUAACAUCAAGAAUACAAUGACAUCUUUUAAGAGCUACAAAUUUCUAAAAAGAAAAACAUUUCAUAAUAGAUCUGAAAAAUGUUUAAAUGAUUUACCAUUAACCUCAGGAGUUAAUAAUGAAAUAAUGAAUAGUGAGGAAUUUCAGGAACGAAAGAGUACUGUCAUGAGAAUAUUUAACUAUUUGAAACCCUUAUUACGAGAAGAAAUUUUAAAUAGUUGGCUCGAAGAUGGUGCAAAAGAGGUUGAAGUAAAGGAAGUAGAGAAAAUAAUACUCAAAAUAACAGAUAUAAUUGAAAUUGAUUUCCAUUUUAUGUUAGAGACAAAAUUAAUGUCAUAUGAUUUUGAAAUUACACCAAUUGGUCUUCAAAAUUUUAUUAAUUUCAAAAAGGCUGAGAUAGUGAAUAUAUUUGAAUUUUCUCUAGAGAAGCAGGAUGGGGAAAGUGGUAAUAGUAGAAGGACAAAGAGAGGAAUCUAUUUAAACGCAGUUUUCACCGGCACUGAAAAUAAAGUUUUGUUGACUCCAGCACUUUUGUUUACACCCUUCUUUAAUAAGGAUGCACCAAUGGCCUACAAUAUUGCAAAUUUAGGAGUUCUACUUGGACAUGAAAUGUCUCAUUCAGUAGAUAUUUCAUCUCUUACAUUUAUGUACGAAUCUUCAUGGAUAGAGAAUAAUUCAUACACUGCAAAAAUAUUUGAUGAAAAAAAAAGUUGUCUCGUGAAUCAGUUUAAUAAUUUAAAGGAAGAUGGUACGUUUACCUUGAAUGAAAAUUUUGCAGAUGUACUAGGAUUAAAAUUGGCAUUUGAAGCGAUGAGACGAGUAAUUGAUGACGAUCCAUCGUUAGGAGAUCUAACACUGCCGGGUUUCGAAGAAUGGAAUGCAAAGCAAUUAUUCUUCAUUACCUAUGCUAACCAAUUUUGUGAAAAAAAUGUAGAUUACUUUCUGUCAAUUCAUUCAUCAGACGAAGCAAGAGUCAUUGGUCCUUUACAGAAUUCGAAGGCUUUUGCAGAAGCAUUUAAUUGCAAAGAAGGUCAACAUAUGAAUCCAGUAGAUAAAUGCGACUUCUGGGAGGCUCCAAUUCCUUAGUUCAUUGUUUAUGCUUCUAAUUUCCAAUAAUUAGAAUGAAUUUUCCUUUACAAAAAUUGUAGAGAAAAGAAUAUUAACUACGAUAACAGAUAUUUUAUUGUCUUUAACAAAAAUAUUUUAUACAAUGUUAAAAAAAAUUAUAAAUAA